CCGAGCAAACGCGAAGCGACCAAACAAAACAUAACACUCAACACGAGAUACAAGGCGCGUAAACUACGAAUCUUUCAUAUUUUAUUGGUUUUCGAAAUCAGUUGCACAGUUUUUCAACUUCAAAUUGAAAUUUUCUAUCAUAAACAUGCAGAUAUAUGUAGACUGUAAAACGAAGAAUGAGAGUGGUGUUCCGGAGUGGGCCAUUGUGGAGCUACAGGGUCUUAUCCAAAUGAAGAAAGAGUCUCCAACAGGACCGACUGUCAUCGGCGACCUCCAUUACUACAACCGCAACAAACACCCAGUGCUAAUCCUAGGACACCAUGUCCUCAACGGGAAAGAAGUUAAAAUGGAACAGCCCAUGGCGGUUAUUGAAAAAGUCACCGAUGAUUCUAAAACACAAUAUAAAGUGAAGGCUGUGGUCAAAAAGAAAUUGAUUUUCAAAUCUAGACCUAAACCUAUUAUCUCCAAUGUUGCUGAAAGAGUUUGAUAAUUGAAAUAAAAUGUUAAUAAUUA